UUGUUCCGUUCUUCUGGGGACCCGAACAGUUGCAGUUCGAGCGCCGAUCGUGUUGGUUGUGGAUCGCUUUUCCGUUCGUCUCGGAUUUUCUUUGGGGGAAAUACUUAGUUAGGCAGAGCCAAAAGGCAGCGGAAUAAAUCUUGUGCGUGAUCCAAAAAUAACACCGUGAAACUAUCUGCAAAAGGGGGACAAAAACAGAACGCGUGCCAAGUGCUCGAGUAGAAAUGUUUACGCGAAGACGGCAUCCAAGUUAAUCAGUUCGAAGAAGAAAAGUUGCCGCAAAGUGAUUUAUUUUCAGUGUGGUGCAAUCGUUUGUGAAUGAAAAACAAUCAAGAAUAAAUAUCUUAAAAUUUUUGUGCACAUCCGCUGAAAGUGACAAACGUAAAUAAUAAAAUCAGCUGAGUCCUUCCGAGACCAUUGCCAAAAUAAUUUGCGCAUCUUCGAGCCAGAUCAAAGAUAUAACAAAUCAACCGCAAAUUGGUAAAGAAAAUAUUAAGAAAUUGACAACCCGAAAAAUGGCUGACGAUUCGAAAAUCAAACAACCCGUGAAAAUAUAUUUCCAAAGGAAAUUCCGUGCUUCGUUAAACAUCGAGGGUCAUUCAUAUUGUUUUUCUUUCGGCAUACAAAGUUCGGACGCACAAAAGCCGGAGAAACUUUUGUAGCCAAAUGAAAUGAAAUACGGCAAUGGGAGUGGGCUAGGACGGGAAACUAAGCGAACUGGACAAAGGAGCGUGCUAAACAUUGCAAGUAAAUAAGCUGGCGAAACUAUUUAAGGCGCUCAAAGCGAGUCCAUGUAAAUACGGAGCGUCGGAAAAAUGUGAGCAACUCGGUUGGACAUUUAAAAAGGAGGGAAACAAAAAGAAAAACUACAAUUAACGAAACAGGAAAACAGGAGCGCAGGCUAAGACAAACACGAAACACAAGCGGAAUGUGAAAAGUUUUCGGCCAACGCACAGUGUAGGGCCGAAAUUAAUAUUGAAAAUAGUGGGCGGAAACCAACGGAAGUGCCGAAGCCUCCGAACGGAAGACAAAGCCAUGAACUUUCGUUCGGCGGCAUUUUGGCUUUUUCUGCUGACAGUUGGUGGCAAUCACAGGCAAUUAAGCCCCGGCGGCUGCUGGGGCGUGGCAGCAGAAAUCACCCAGAAAGCAGCCAGCGAGUUGCAGCAAGGAAAUGAGCUGGAAAAUGCACUAAAAUUGCGUGCAACCCCAAAGCAGACGAGGUUUAUCGGCGACAUCACAACGACAUCGACGGAUGCCACUGCCGCCAAAUCAAUUGGCCAUCAGCCGAUGCGACGUGCCAAGGCCACCUCAACCGACCAGAAUUUGGAGCACCAUUUCAAACAGAGUGUGGUGCAGCUUUUCGACAGCGAUGAACGGUAUGAGUCCAGCGAAGCUGCAAUAACCGAGGGCGGUGACGAUGACGGCGCCACGGCCACAAUUUCAGCCGCGAAUUCGGCAGAAGCCACAACCACACAUCAUCCCGGGCGACGACAUGUGGUGCCCGACAAGCUCCAAUACACCAAGGAGAUCCAGGUGAAGCAGGGUCGGCUCAUGGGAAUUACCCGUCGCUUCCAGGUCACCAGUGGGCUGCGUCAGGUCGACCAGUUCCUGGGUCUGCCCUAUGCGGAGGCCCCCACCGGAAACCGACGCUUCAUGCCACCAGGUGCUCCUUUGCCGUGGCAAGGAUUGAAGAUAGCUCGCCACCUUCCGCCAGUGUGCCCACAAAAGCUGCCGGACCUGUCGCCCCAUGGAAGUGCGACCAUGUCCCGAGGUCGCUUCAAACACCUGACCCGUCUGUUGCCUUACCUGCGAAUAGAAAGCGAGGAUUGUCUGUACCUGAAUCUAUAUGUGCCGCAUGAAGAGACCCAAAGUACACCUAAAAAAUAUGCUGUUCUAGUUUACCUACAUGGUGAGUCCUUUGAGUGGAAUAGUGGAAAUCCCUACGAUGGCUCCGUUUUGGCCAGUUAUGGUGAAGUGAUUGUAGUCACUGUCAACUACCGAUUGGGUGUGCUGGGUUUUUUGCGCCCUAGCAUCGAUGCUCACAAUAUUGCCAACUACGCACUGCUGGAUCAGAUUGCGGCCCUCCAUUGGAUUAAGGAGAACAUAGACGCCUUCGGCGGAGAUAACUCGCGGGUCACUUUGAUGGGUCACAGCACUGGAGCGGCAUGUGUCAAUUAUCUAAUGGUGUCGCCGGUGGCCUCAGGCCUCUUCCACCGAGCCAUCCUUAUGUCCGGGUCGGCAAUGUCCGACUGGGCCGCCAGCAAUCAGUCCUUGCAACUGACCAUGCAAAUCGCCCACGCCCUCGACUGUCCCCUCCACGAGCAUGUGGAGGCGGAGGACGAUGAUGUCCUGCUGGAUUGUUUACGCCAUCGACGCUACCAGGAUAUCUUGCACAUACCAACAGCGCUCACACAAUUUUCAACAUCAUUGGGUCCAAUUGUCGAUGGACAUGUAAUACCAAAUCAACCGUACAAGGUCAUGGGGCAUUAUACGGAGCACUUCAGCCGUUAUGAUUUAUUAUUCGGCAUCACGGAGUCAGAAUCCUAUCACACACUGGCCGCAUUAGCACUCGCGGAAGGAUUACGUGAAAAUGAACGCGAUAAUUUAUUGCGCUUCUAUAUGCAGAGCCGCUUUGAUGUACGCCCCGAUUUGGCAUUGGCUGCCACGCUGAAGAAAUACCAGGACAUGUACAACAAUCCGAUUAAGGCCACUAAUUUGGAGCACCGUGACGUGGUACUGGACAUUCUGUCCGAUGCCCGGGUGGUGGGGCCGCUACUGCAGACGGGAACGUUCCACGCGGAUGUCAAUCGGCGCAAUUAUAUGUACGUAUUCGGCCAUAACAGCGCAACUGGACCUUAUGCCCACCUACCGCACAGCAUUAUGGGAGAGGAAUUGGCGUUCAUCUUCGGGGCUCCCCUGGCGCCCGCAGGUCCAUUUCCCAGCAACAACUACACGGUGCAGGAAAAGCUGCUUUCCGAGGCGGUAAUGGCAUAUUGGACGAAUUUCGCAAAGACUGGUAAUCCCAAGGCGCCCUGGAAGGGAACCUUUCUGAAUUCACAUGCCCUCGAGUGGGAUCGCUAUGAUUUGGACUGGCCGGAGUUCAACAGAAGGUCCCAGGCUUACUUGAAUAUAGGCAUUCCCCCAACUGUGGGCUUCAAGUACCGGCAAAUAUACAUGAAUUUCUGGAACAAGGAAUUGCCGGAUGAAAUCAAUCAAAUAGCUGCUAUUCAGGAACAGUUGCAUGGCCCCAGCCAUGAGGUCAUCACUGGACACAUGAGCAAGUAUGGCCCACGAGAUCAUGACUCCGAGGACCCAGUCAGAGUUCUUAAACAGCUCCUGCAGGAGCCCACCUUAGCCGGUCCAGAGUCCACGGAAACAGCGGCGGAGAAUAUGUACAAUGCCCCUCCCACUUUUGGACAUAUUCAUAAGAUACAGGGCGGAAGUGAUUUUGAAUUGAUAACUCCCCCCAGUUCAUUCGAUAAUGGGGACGAUCAGCAGAGAUCAGAGUCCCCAGAGACGGUGGCCAAGUCGGAGAUUACCCUACAGCUGCUUAUUGCUUUAAUUGCUAUAAUAAUUGCUCUGAAUGUAAUCAUCUAUGGCACCUUCUGGUUGCGCCAACGAAGGCGAAGGUCCAAAGCCUUGCCCUUUCCCGGUCCCAAGCUGGGUGGGCACAUUCUCAGCUACGAUGGCGCCAAUGAUGAGGAGCUGAAACGCUGCAGUAAGUCCCGCGAUGGCGACGACAGCUUUGUCCUGGAAGUGACAAGAAAAUCCAACACUUACGAAGCCAUCAAAACAGGUCAAAGGUCGCUGAGUUGUUCCACUGUGGAUACUCAUACGAAAGUGUGUGAAUGGAUGUCGGGCCAGGAGGCGCCCAAGGCUGGAAGUUUUGCCACAGCUACACCCCCGCCCCAUCAGCCCAUUUUGGCGGAUGGCAGGCUCAUCAUUUGCCAGGAUAUCGAGGUGGCCGACGCAGCUCUACUCAUUCCACAACACAUGCACGAGCCACAACACUACGAAAUGCUGCUCCAGCGCCAGCAUUCGGCUCUUACGGAGCCCAGUGAGGAUGUCCUGCAGCCCCAGUAUCCUACGCGGAGCCACGCCCACUCCCACUCGGAUCCAGUGGAUAUGAUCCUGGCCGCCGAUGAACAGGUGACCAGUUUUGUUCAUGCCGACGAUGUGGAUAUAAAUGUGACAAGUAGGGAUGAUCCGGGAGUCCUCGAAAUUAUACCACUGACAGCCGCGCAGCAACUGGAACUAUUGCGACAACGCAACUACCCGAAGGUCCUGCCUACGGAGCAGGACUUUCUGGACACCAGCUACAAGCGGAACUCACUGCCGCCGCAGAACUAUAAUGCUCCCCAACCGCCGCCCAGGACCAUCAGCAGUACCUUGGGUCGUCGGCGAAGGGAUAGCAGCAAUGUGACCACGUCGCCCCUCCAACUUGCCCAGGACAUUAGUGCGGAUGACGAGGACAACCUGCGGGAGCCGCAAAUCACGCAAAACACUUUGAUAGUGGGACCCAUUGUGCCCAAGUCGCCGGCCACAUCGUUAAAGAGGCGCAAGGAUAAGGAGCCUGCGGCGGCGGCCAUGACAGCGUUGAGCGGAUCCUUCCAGUCCUUCGAGUCUGUGCCGCCGGCUCAUGAGACAACACCGCCCCAGGGCGAACGCACCGAGUGCAUUUAUGCCAUUCAGGCUUCCCCCGCCAGUCCGACCACACCUGUGAGCCCUGGAAGCUCCAGCUGGUCGGCGCCCAAUGGCGAUUUGUAUGCUCAGCCCGUGAAAUCGCCCUCAAGGACCUCGCUCAUCCCACGCCCCACCCACUCGCUGCAGGUUGCUACCUCACAGGCUCCGCAAACGGGUGAUGGUGUCCCCGGGGCAAUACCAAGCCGCAUUCCCCAACUGCAUCGUCAGGCUUCCGGGAAGGACUUGCAGGCAACGUUGCAGGCAGCAUUCACGGAAAACACCGCAAAUCCUUCGGGAUGCCAGCAACGAACUGAUUCCACAAUAUCGUCGGGUUCGUCGGCAUCCAAUGACUCAUCCACCAGCUCAUCCACAGGAUCCUCGUCCUCCUCGUCCACCGGAACCGUACGCACCGAGCUGCAGCAGUUCCAGCCGCUGCCCGGCCGAAGUAUUACAACCAAUAUAUAGAGGAACUUUCCGAGAAACGGACGAGAAUUUUCUCCAAGGACGAACGGGGAAUUACCCGCUGCGUCCGCAAUGCGGCGACAGGCAGAUGCCUGCCAAAUCCUCUCCAGGAUUCUUGGGUCGGAAUUUUAUGGAGCCAGAGCCAGAGCCAAAGCUAGUGCCGGAGCCAGAGCCAGCGUAAAUUUAAUAAUACAUUUCGGUGUAAAGUUUAUCUUUGACGCGGCGGUUGGUUCGGAUUGCUCUGGCUUUCUGGAGUUUCUGCGGGUAAACUUUCCGCCAGCGUAAAUUAGUUAAGAAAAUUUCAGUUUAGGUUUCCUGAAGAUUGCAGCAAAGGUUAGAAGUAUCAAAAUAAGAAAAUGAUUUUGAAUGGAAAUUUAAAUAAUAUUAGAAAGUUGAGAGGGAAAUUUUUUUUAAGAGAAAAGUUCAGUUUUAAUGAUUGAAAUUAUAUUAUCAAACAUCUAAAUGACUUUUAAACUAUCAUUAAGUUUUCAAAGCAACAAAGUCUAUUUUUACACUUUAGUUAUUGUAAGAUUCAAAUAUUUAACCAUUCAUUAUUAUUGACCAAAGAAACUUAGAUACAAGGGAAUUAAAUUGUUUGUAAAGAAACAUUUUUGCUUGUGCGAAAAUCCCCGAAAAGAGUAUUAUAAGAGAAAUGUUUGUAUUCUCUUCAGUUUUAAUAAGUCUAACCGUAAGAUACCAUAACAAUUGAAGUGGAAUAUGUACAUACUAUACAAUGAGUAAAAUGGAAAAUCACAUCGAUGAAAGAAA